AUGAAAAUGGCAAGUUUCGCGGGAAACAUUGGCUUCAAAUUCACGUGUCAUCAUCAUCUUCUACCUCGCGUUUUUCCAAUUCCACGGAACAUUUGGAAGAUUCGGAUUGCUUGUUUGAAGAGUAGAGACUUUAGUUCUUCUUCUGUUACUGUCAGCUUUGCUGAUGGCAGUGUAAUCAAGAUAAGUGAUGGGAAAAUUGGGCAUGCGAUUGCACAUUGUGAAACUUCUCAAAAUCCAGAUGAAGUUCAUACUGACUUACUAUUUCAUGAUAUUGAAGAAGGUUCUGACCAAAUGGAAGAGGUAUUGACAAUCCCUCAGACAGGAGACUCUUGUGAACAGGAUUUUAUACGCCUUGACAAAUCUACCAAUGAUGUUGAACAAUCAGCUGUCAAAUUACUUGCAUCUAGGGCACUCACAGCAGUUGAAUUGAGAAAAAAAUUGCUUAGCAAGAGAUUCUCUCCUAAUGCAGUGGAGGCAGUGAUAAACAAGCUCCAGAGACAAGGGUUCAUCAAUGAUAAGUUGUAUGCUGAAUCGUUUUCUCAAUCUAGAUGGUCUUCGUCUACUUGGGGUCCAAGACGGAUCAAACAAGCACUGUUCAAGAAGGGAGUUAGUCAAUCUGAUGCUGAAAAGGCAGUUGAAGUAGUUUUUAAGGACAAGAAGGAUUGUGAUGGAGAAGAAAAAUCAAUUAUUAACAUGUCAAAGCAAUCCAUGGAUCAUCUUUAUGUUCAGGCCUCAAAGCAGUGGUUCAAAGGUGAGAACGUUCCAAAGGAAACAAGAAAGUCAAGGAUUAUUCGAUGGCUUCAAUAUCGUGGUUUUGACUGGAAUGUCAUUAGCAUCAUAGUAAAUAAACUAGACAAGCACGAGCAGAAUCCUCCAUAG